UUUGUUGCUUUGACUUCUCCCUCUUCGUUACAAACAAACACUAACCAUGUCCCUCGUUGCUGCUUGCCGUGCUCCUGUUCGCAGAGCCGUAUUCUCUGCCUCAUCAAGGAGGGCCGAGUUCAGGCCAAACGCCUACAGAAGGUUCACUACCAAUGGGCCGCCUCCAGCGCCCAAGUCAAACACAGCUCUCUACGCCGGUAUCGCCGCCUUCACGGCUGCGGCUGCAGGCUAUUAUUUGUACAAUUCUGACUCUGAUGCCUCACGCGAGGCUGCGACUGCGGUAAAAUCUGCUGCUCAGGCGGGUAAGGCUGCUGCCAAGUUCACUCCCACCAAGGAGGACUACCAGAAGGUCUACAACCGCAUUGCCGAAGUCUUGGACGAUGCAGGCGAUUAUGACGACGGCUCGUUUGGGCCCGUUGUGCUUCGUCUUGCUUGGCAUGCCUCUGGCACACAUGACAAGGACUUGGGAACAGGUGGAAGCAAUUUCGCAACGAUGCGUUUCGAACCCGAGUCCUUGCACGGGGCCAAUGCGGGUCUCCACGUCGCUCGUGCAGUGAUGGAAAAGAUCAAACAAGAAUACCCAUGGAUUAGCUAUGGCGAUCUCUGGACUCUUGGUGGUGUCGCUGCCGUCCAGGAAAUGGCUGGUCCCAAAAUCCCGUGGCGUCCCGGUCGUAUCGAUGGGUUUGCCUCUGAUGUGACGCCUGAUGGUCGUCUACCCGAUGCAUCUCAGGGUGCACAACACAUUCGAGACAUUUUCUAUCGUAUGGGUUUCAACGAUCAGGAUAUAGUUGCUCUCAUUGGUGCUCAUGCUCUUGGACGUUGUCAUUCCGACAGGUCCGGUUACGAGGGCCCUUGGACAUUCUCACCGACCACCUUCACUAAUGACUUUUACAAACUUCUCUUCGAUGAGAAGUGGGUAUGGAAGAAGUGGAAUGGUCCCAAACAACUUCAGGACAAGAAAACUGGAUCCUUAAUGAUGUUACCGACGGAUUAUGUCCUGACUCAGGACAAGAGCUUCAAGAAAUAUGCCAAGGCCUAUGCUGAUGAUCAAGACCUCUUCUUCAAAGACUUUUCUGCUGCGUUUGCCAAACUCCUUGAACUCGGUGUACCUCCUCAGCAAUUCGUGACAGCGGAGCCCUGGACUAUGAAGACGCUUGAGGAGCAGAAGGCGUGAUAACUGGCGCAUUUUUGUAUCAAUUUUAGGGUCUACUUGGCAGUUGUAAUGUUGUGUCUGACUGACAGUAUGGAGUACCGAUGUCAUCAUAUUUCGUCAUGUGAACUGGUAUGAAUACUUGAGUCGUG